GAAAUGAAAAGUUGCUAUUGAGUUGCCAUGGCGGCGGUAAAUCAACAAAGUCCAAGUCCUUGACAAAAAGCAGGCGCUCGAUCGGAAAUGCUGGACGAAGAGGAUUUCGAGCAAACCCCGCCGUUUCAACCCUUAUACGACCUCGCCGAGAGGGUUAAGGAAGCGAACCUGGAGCUGGAGACACUGGAGGCUCCGUCCGAAACCCAGCCGCGACCGGCCAGAGUCAAGUUCAAAGAGGAGGUCACCGAGUUUGAAUUUUGGGACUCGGAGGAGGAGUGGUCGGGCGAGGGGCUGCUCACCAGCACCAAGGAGGAAGACCCCGCCGUCCUCAUCUCGGACGACGAAAUCGAACUGCUCCCCCUGGAGGAGGAAGUGAGGAUGGGAUUUCCUCACGGCGCUGAGCUGCCGCGCGAAUUUGAGUCGGACGAGGAAGCCGCGAGGCCGUGCGUCGGUCCGUCCAGCGUCGAGGAGGAGCAGGGGGUGGAGGGGGAAGAGGAGGGGGAGGCGUCGCCAGGGGUGCGCUCGAUCGCCGAGGAGCUGGGCCUGCACCUGGACCUGAGGGACAUGGACGAGACGGAGGACGCCGACGAGGUCGUCUACCUGAGGGCCGGCAGGGCCGCGAGGCCGUGGACGGCGCCCUCGGCCGCCGGACACAAACACCGGGACGCGUGCAAGGGCCGCUGGACGUGCGCCCACCUGCCGCUCUACAACGGACUCCGCUCCGAGUACGGACUCAGCAAGGAGCAGCUCGACGAGAGAAGGAAGCUGAGACGCGAAUUGCACGAGGAGAAAAAGGCGAGCGCUCGGCGGCAGCAGCGCGAGCAGCAGGAGCGUCGCGACGAAAACGAGCGCGUUUUCCGAGCGUGGCUGGCGCGCAAGCAGAACGAAAAAUUCUACUACGGCGGCGGAGGCAGGGGCAGAGUGGCCGAGGAGCAGAAAGUGCAGACGCUGCUGGUAGAGGCGCGCAGACGAGAGGCCGAGCAGUGCUACAGGGAGUGGUUGCGCAACAAGAGACUCGAGAAGAGGCUCGUCGCAGGCAGGAGGAAUAACAACACCACCAGGUGGACGAUCCACGACUUUGAAAGGAUUCUGGGUUCAAUGGACCAGCACACGGAGCGAACCUUCAGGAUCUACCUGGGAUUCAGCAAAUAAAAGCGUACGCGCUCCUUCAAUGGCGUAGAGAGGAUUGAUUCUCUUUAU